AUGGCCUUCACUAAAACUCCAUCCUCCACUUCCAAGCAAUGGUUCUUCAAAUUCCCUUCUCAAUCUCCAUCUUCAUCAUCGUCAUCCUCACAAAAUCUCUUCAUCACUUCCAAACAAUCCUCCAAACGAAAAUCCUCCUCCAUUCUCAUGAUCAUCUUCCUCUCCUUCAUCCUCCUCUGUUUCUUCCUCUCUUUCACUCUCCUCUCCUCUAACACUACCAAACCGCUUACAAUCGCCGCCUUGGACAACGAGUUUCCCGAUCAAGAAAAGAUCAAAAUCGGUUUAAUCAACAUUAGCACUGACGACGAAGAUGAAAUUCACCAUACGUUACAACUUCUCGGUUUAAUCGAAGAAUCGAACCGAAGUGGAAUCGAGACGGUAACGAUAGAUUUCCAUCGAAUCGAGAACGAUGAUCUCGAAUGGAAGAGUUUGUUUCCGGAGUGGAUUGAUGAAGAUGAGAAGUACAACUCGCCGAAAUGUCCGGACAUUCCGAUGCCGAAAACCGAGGUUUACUCUGAUUUAAACGUUGUCGUUUUGAAGAUUCCGUGUAAGAGAGGGAUAUUCAGAGACGUAUUUCGGCUUCAGGCGAAUCUUGCGGCGGCGAGAGUGGCGGUGGCGAGUGGAUGGGUGGAGGAGGAAGUGUAUCGGACGGUGUACGUUGUGUUUUUGGGAAAGUGUGGGGCUAUGAGAGAGAUUUUCAGGUGUGACGAUCUUGUUGUUAAGGAUGAUCGGACGGUGGAGGGAGUUUGGGUUUAUAAACCGGAGAUGAAGAGAUUGAAACAGAAAAUUUUUAUGCCUUUUGGAUCAUGCCAGCUUGCGCCUGUUUAUGCUCGGACAGGGAGAGAAGUUUGGAGGAAGUUCAUGCUACAAAAACCACCAAAAAUCAACUCAACAAUCCAUCACCAUAGUAAAACCAAGCCAAAAGAAGCCUAUGUGACAAUUCUCCACUCCUCGGAAGCUUAUGUUUGUGGAGCCAUUGCUUUAGCUCAAAGCCUUCUCCAAACCAGUACAUCCAAAGACCUCCUCCUUUUAGUUGACGACUCCAUUUCCCCCAACUCCCUUCAAGCCCUAAAUGCCGCAGGGUGGGACGCUAUGAAAAUUGACCGUAUUCGCAGCCCGUUCGCCGAGAAAGGCUCGUAUAACGAGUGGAACUACAGCAAGCUACGAAUAUGGCAGCUCACGAUGUAUGAAAAAAUUGUGUUCAUUGAUGCUGAUCUUUUGGUUCUUAAAAACAUUGAUCAGUUCUUUGGUCUGCCUCAGCUCUCUGCUGCUGCUAAUAAUAAGAUGAGGUUCAAUUCUGGGGUUAUGGUUGUUGAACCAUCUGCUUGUUUGUUUGAGGAAUUGAUGGAAAAAAGCUUUGAAUUGAAGCCUUAUAAUGGUGGGGAUCAAGGGUUCUUAAAUGAAGUCUUUACUUGGUGGCAUAGACUUCCUUCCAGAAUCAACUAUCUCAAGAUCUUUCAGAAGGAAAACAGUGAAAAUGAUUCAGAUCCUUAUGCAAUACAUUAUCUGGGGUUAAAGCCAUGGAUGUGUUACAAGGACUAUGAUUGCAACUGGGACAUGGAAGACCACCAAAUAUUUGCAAGUGAUUCAGCUCAUGCCAAAUGGUGGGAAGUCUAUGAAUCAAUGCCAACUGAAUUGCAGCAUUUUUGUGGUCUCACUAAGAAGAUGGACUCAAGAAUAAGAAAAUGGAGAAGAAUUGCAAGAAACUCAAGUUUUCCCGAUGGCCAUUGGAAGAUCAAGAUCAAUGACCCUAGACGACACCGUUUUAUGGAUGCUCAAUAAUAGCUUCUCAGUACUACACAAAACUCCUCCUUCUAUUU